GGGCGGAAGUAAUUGGAGUAUUUUCAUUUAGAACUGCCUCCCAACUAUAGCACUGCCAACGUUAGAAAGAAAAAUGAAAACACUAAACAGUUGAUUUUCCCGACUGAAUAGUUGUCGCUGUCGGUAAUUUUGUUUCUGUUGAUGUCAUAGGAUGUCUUUGAUUUACCGCCGCCUCACAUGCAGGAAUUUGGAAGCUUAUUGUUUUGUCAUUUUUCCUGGAAACCAGCCUAAAUAUGUUGUUCUUGACAAGCUUAUAGCCAGCAAGCUAAUAGCUGUAAUGAAGAACUCGUAAUAACAAGGAAUUAGCUUAGUUGGUCUAUUCCAUCCGCAUAGUUGCCGAGCUUGCUACUAAACAGGAGGGCUGUCAUCAAUCGUCUUCAGCAGACCACCGUCGCAUGAGCACAGCUGGCACCGCUCGCUCCGGGUCGGGAGUGACUCGGCGAGGGUGAACGUAGCGCGUUUCUAGCGAGAGCUUGCUAGCUAGCUCAGCAACUGCCUGACUGCGGAAACGGUCGUUUCCCACAAACGUUGGAGACAGAUAGUUGUCCUCGACUUGAGUCUUACGCGGGGACGAUGGCAGAAAGCGCUCGAGUCAAAAAUGUCAGCACUGAUAGCCCCUGCGCGAGCCCCCGGUCCGGGGGGAAAAAGGCUCAACAGUCUCCCGGCUCGCGCUCUAAGUACCAGGUCAGCGCGCCCGGGCAUUGUUUUAAGAGAGUGACUCUCACUAAGCCAACAUUCUGCCACAACUGCAGCGAUUUUAUAUGGGGUAUUGUCGGAUUCCUAUGUGAAGUGUGUAACUUCAUGUGCCAUGAGAAGUGCCUGAAGACAUUGAGAACGGUGUGCUCAUGCUUGGCCCCAACGCUGGUGCAGCUCCCCGUUGCUCAUUGUUUCGGUCCAGCUGGGCAAAAGAAAAGAUUUUGUUGUGUGUGUAGAAAACACCUUGAAGGAAACACAGCGCUACGUUGUGAAGUGUGCGAGCUCCAUGUCCACACUGACUGUGCGAUGUUCAGCUGUGGGGACUGCCGUGUGUGCCACCAAGAUGGGACGCAGGAUCGAGACGUGUUCCACCACCACUGGAGGGAGGGGAACAUCCCCUCAGGGGCGCGCUGCGAGGUGUGCCGACGCACCUGCGGCUCGUCUGACGUCCUGGCCGGGAUGAAAUGCGAGUGGUGCGGCAUGACGGCGCAUGCUGCCUGCUACGUCAUCGUGCCUCCAGUGUGUGAUCUGGGCCGGCUGGCCGGCGUGCUGCUCAGACCGGCCUGUGUUCAGCUGAGCUCCAGGAACUUCAGCAAGAUGCACUGCUACCGCAUCUCUGAGAGCUGCCAGAAUGAGCUGGAUCAUUUUGAUGAGGUUGACAGUAUCAUGUCUGCUCCAGCCAAGGAGAGCCAGCCUGCCUCCACUCCAGAUUCAGGAAAGCAGGUGUUGAAGGUGUCAGAUGGGGAUGAUGCCAUCAAGCGGGGCUUCUUUCGCUUGGUCUCCAUUCCUCGAAUAACCAAGAAUGAGGAAGUGUUGGAAUCUGCGCUGAGGGCCUUCUACUUACCUGACGAGCCCAAGGACUACGACCUGCACGAGUACGGACAAGCACCCCUGCAGUCCGACGACAUCCUGAACCGCAACGGUAACCCUGACAACAAGAGCAUCUUCAAGGACUGUGUUCCCGAGGCGUGGGUUCUGAGGGCCAGACCACAGGACACGGAGGGGCUGAACAUCUACGCCGGCUGGCAGAAGGUUGGUGCGCCCUAUGUGUCCAUCUCCAUAUCCAAGAACAGUACAGUGGAUUCUGUCAUCCAGGAAGUCCUCAUUCGACUGGAAAAACAGGCAGAGGACCCUUCCAAUUUCAACCUUAUAGAGGUGUACAUGGGAAGCAGGCAAGUUCAGAGACAGGUGCUGACUGGUCAGGAGAUGCUGCUGGACAAACUGCAGGAGAUCCGGAAGGUUUCCCUGAGGCAGAUGAACCAGACUCGCUUCUACGUGGCUGAGAGCAGGACCAGGAGCGUGCAGGUGCAGCUGCUCAUAGGAGGACUGCCCCCGCUGCUGAACAAGGACCAGUACUCCCACCUGCUGCAGGAACACCUGGCUGUCAAGCGUCACCUGAUUGCCACAACGCAUGUGUACGGGAGCCAAGGAGCGCUGGUGCUGCAGAUAUCGUGUUUCUCAGAGGCGGAGAGAGUCUACAUGCUAGCCAAGGACACGUCUGUCUGCAACAAACAGCUCACCUCCCUGGUGAUACCCCAGAUACUGCACAACAAGUUGGAGAGAGGCUGCUGUCCCUUGCUGGUGUUUGUGAACCCCAGGAGUGGAGGCCUGAGAGGACGAGAGCUGCUCUACAGUUUCCGGAAGCUUCUGAACCCUCACCAAGUGUUUGACUUGACCAAUGGUGGACCACUGGCAGGACUCCACACGUUCAGGGAGGUCCCCCACUUCCGGGUGCUGGUGUGUGGGGGGGACGGAACGGUGGGCUGGGUCCUGGGAGUCCUGGAGGCCGUCAGGCACAAGCUGGUCUGUCCUGAGCCCCCGAUUGCCAUCAUCCCUCUGGGCACAGGGAACGACCUGGCCCGGGUGCUGCGCUGGGGGGCAGGCUACAGCGGCGAGGACCCCCAGAACGUGCUGCAGGCCGUGGACGAGGCAGAGGAGGUGCAGAUGGACCGCUGGACCAUCCUGCUGGACGCCCAGGAGAUGAGCGGGGGUGGGGAGGAGAACGGCUACCUGGAGCCUCCCAAGAUAGUGCAGAUGAACAACUACUUUGGUCUGGGCAUCGACGCAGAGCUUACCCUUGACUUCCACCACGCUCGCGAGGAGGAGCCAGAGAAGUUCAACAGCAGGUUUCACAACAAGGGUGUGUAUGUGAAGGCAGGGCUGCAGAAACUUAGCCACACCAGGAACCUACAUCAAGACAUUCGGCUGCAGGUGGACAAACACGAAGUGGAGCUGCCCAGUAUAGAGGGACUGAUCUUCCUCAACAUCCCCAGUUGGGGAUCUGGAGCAGACCUGUGGGGAUCAGAGGGGGACGGUCGUUUUGGUCGUCCCCGUAUCGAUGAUGGGAUGCUGGAGGUGGUGGGGGUGACGGGGGUGGUGCACAUGGGCCAGGUGCAAAGUGGGCUACGCUCGGGGAUCCGCAUCGCCCAGGGCAACUACGUGCGCGUCACGGUAACCAAGCCCCUCCCGGUGCAGGUGGACGGGGAGCCCUGGAUCCAGGCCCCAGGACACAUCAUCAUCUCUGCCGCCGGGCCAAAGGUGCGGAUGCUGAGGAAGUCCAAACACAAACAGAAGAGGUCUGCAGGGCUGAGAGAGGCCCGGUCUGAGAGCCCCUCAUCCAGUGAUGGAGGCCAGUGACCCCUCACCCCUCCUGCCCCUCACCCCCUCUCCCCUCCUGCCCCUCACCCCCUCUCCCCUCCUGCCCCUCAC